CCAUUUACACAAGGAGGUUACCUCGGCUCAACACAUGGCUUGCGGGAACUGUUCACUGCAGCAUGCAAAAUAUUUUGGAGCCUGCCUUGCGACAUCGGCUUUGCAGUGACUGGCACUUCCAGUCCAGAGCAGUUAAAUAAGACGCGGAUUCCGGUUUACCUGGGCCAUUUUCCUAUCGGCACGAGCGUGCAAAACUUUCUUCAUUACUACCAGAUUUACAAAGCAAAGAACAUGGUUAUGUAUGACCACGGGGCAGCUGAGAACCGUAGGAGAUACGGCCAGGUGACGCCACCACCUUAUCCCUUGGAACGCAUACAAGUGCCGAUAGCCAUGUUCUCGUCUCAAGGUGACAUACUGGCCGACACAGCCGACGUGACAGACCUGGCAUACAGACUCGGUUCCAGCGUCGUCUUCCAUCGUGUUGUGCCCCAGGCCAGCUUUUGCCACCAGGACUUCGUCAACGGAAAUAGGGCCAACGACUUUGUGCACAACACUGCCAUCGAACUUGCUAAAAAAUACUCUUCCCAGAACCCAUGAUUCUUCUCAAUGUCCACUGUCGCUAGUUCAUGCUCGUAUGAUCCCCUUAUCAAAGAAGAGGUUACUUUUAAUUCGGGCAAAAUAACUGCCAAGUUAAAGGAAUGUUCCCGCUGAAAGGAUAUUAAAGAGAAGUAUCGUUUGAACAGCAUC